AGGUGCAGUCAGUGUGCCGUUGGCUGGCGUGUUGCACGGUUGCACACUCUCCCUGCUGCUGUGUCUUCACAAUUAUUCUCCUUCUCCAUCCAUUGCUACGUUCUCUGCCCGUCAUGCUAGUCGACUCCUGCCUAAAUUUCAUCUUACCCUCGGCCACAUAUGACUUUACUCGAGCUGUGUGUUACGUUACAUUAGUUCUUGUUUAAGGAGUCCAGAGUCUUGGUAAUUCUUACCGAGAUUAAAGGUUGAUCCUCAAGAUUAGCGGAAGAUAAUAAAGGCGAGUCCAAUCAGUUGGCACCAAGUUCAACCUCCGGUUGCAGCUGCGUCAGUCACAGGUGUGCAAACAGGUGUUCCUCAGUGAGAGAUCAGUGUGUUGUAGAUGUAAGCUGUGUUCUGCUCUCCCCCCGCUACCGCUUCAUCACCAGCUACUCCCACCAUCAGUGUCAGACGCUUAAGUGUCACUUGCACUAGUGUCAUUCAUGGUGGUGUGAGUAAGCGCCACAGCAGUGUUACUACAGCACCAACACUUCCACGUCUGCUACACACUUCAACAAGAACAUAUAAGAUGACAAACGUGAUAUGGGCAGUGGUGGGUAUACUGGUUUUCUGCGCAUGUGUUUGUGGGCUGGAGAAUGGGUUGGCCCGCACCCCGCCCAUGGGCUGGUUGGCUUGGCAGAGGUUCCGGUGCAACACAGACUGUGUCAAUGAUCCACACAACUGUAUCAGCGAGUCACUGUUCAUGCAAAUGGCAGACAUCAUAGUGACUCAAGGCUACCGUGAUCUUGGGUAUGACUUAGUGUCUCUGGAUGAUUGCUGGCUUUCCAGAGAGCGUGACGCUCGUGGGAGACUUCAGCCUGAUCCUUUUCGAUUUCCAUCUGGUAUUGCUGCUCUGGCUGACUAUAUGCAUAAACGUGGCCUAAAGUUUGGCAUUUAUGAGGAUUAUGGAAACUUCACAUGUGCAGGUUAUCCUGGCAUUUUAGGUCACCUGCAGACAGACGCUCAAACCUUUGGUGACUGGGGUGUCGACUAUGUCAAGUUAGAUGGAUGCUACUCCCACCCUGUAGAUAUGGACAAAGGCUACCCUGAAUUUGGAUAUUUUCUGAACAAGACUGGGCGACCAAUGGUGUACUCUUGCUCAUGGCCCUUCUACCAGAUUUUCUCACGCAUGCAGCCAAAUUACACUGCAAUUAUCAAUACUUGCAACCUCUGGCGAAACUUUGAUGAUAUUCAAGAUUCUUGGGAAUCUGUCCAGCGGAUCAUUGAUUAUUAUGGCGACAACCAGGACGACAUUGUUCCUAAUGCUGGUCCUGGACACUGGAAUGAUCCUGACAUGCUGAUUAUUGGCAAUUUUGGUCUGAGUUACGAGCAGUCCAAAUCACAGAUGGCCAUGUGGGCAAUAUUUGCUGCACCGCUACUAAUGUCAGUAGACCUUCGGACAAUUCGACCGGAGUAUAAGGCUAUCCUACAAAAUAAAGCUGUCAUUGCAAUUGACCAGGAUCCUUUGGGCAUUCAAGGAAAGAGAAUAUAUAAGGAUAAAGGAAUAGAGAUAUGGGCUCGUCCUAUUACUCCAGUGUUUCAGAGACAUUACUCCUAUGCUGUUGCCUUUCUUAAUCGUCGGACUGAUGGUACACCCUCAGAGGUCUCGGUAACUCUGCGUGAACUAGGUCUCGACUUCACAGGAGGAUAUUCAAUUACUGAUGUUUUUGAUGGUGUACAUUAUGGAACUGUUCUCCCAGACAAACGGUUCAAGGUAGAUGUGAACCCUUCAGGGGUGGUACUGGUGAGAUGUGACCUUGUCAAGUCUACUGGGUUUGGUACCAGGUCACAGUUUAGAGAACCACCUCAGCAAAAUGCCUUCAGAAACCCAUUUCAGAAUAAUCUUUUUAGUCCGUUUGGACAACAGAGACAUUUCUAAAAUAAAGAAUCCCUUUUUGUAUGUACAGAGAGGUUUAUACUUUUACAUGGCCAAUAUUUAUCAAUUUUUCUUAUGUUGUUAGAAUUUCCUUAUGUUUGGACUUUUUUUUAUAUAUACAGUGGACCCCCGCAUAACGAUCAGCUUCCAACUCGACCAAUUAUGUAAGUGUAUUUUUGUAGGUGUAUUUUUGGGGGUCUGAAACGGACUAAUCUAAUUCACAAUAUCUCUUAUGGGAACAAAUUCGGUCUAUAACGGCACCCAAACAGACUUCAGGAUUGAAAUAAUAUCGUUAUCUG